AUGGCAUCGACAGCGACCAAGCGCAUCCAGAAGGAGCUCGCCGAGCUCAUGGGCUCGCCCCUCAGCGGCAUUACCGUGGCCCCGGACGGAGACAACCUGAUGCACUGGAAGGUGACGAUGAAGGGCCCUCCCAAGACCCCAUACGCUGGCGGCAAGUUUGGCCUGGACGUCGUGUUCGGUCCCGAGUUUCCGUUCAAGGCCCCCACCAUCACCUACUCGACCAAGAUGUACCACCCCAACAUUGACAGUGACGGAAACAUCUGCAUUGGCGUGCUCAAGUCGGAAGCGUGGAAGCCCUCCACAAAGAUGUCGAUUGUUCUCUUGUCGCUGUACGACCUCCUCGAGACUCCCAACCCCGACGACCCUCUCGUCUCUUCUAUUUACCGUAACGACCGUAAGGGUUUCGAUGCCAAGGCGAAGGAGUAUUCGGACAAGUACGCGGCUUGA